AGGUAGCCAUUUUGUUUGUGAGUUUGGUGUGAUGUAGAAGAGCGUAGGUGUUUAUUUUGCGGCUUAUAAUGAUUUGGCAUAAGAUCUUGCAGUUCCUAAGAGACGUUGGUAUUCACUGGUUGGUGCCCACUGUUCAUUUAUUGUGGAGCAGUGAGAAUGGAAGUACUGUCACCCUCACCUUCAAGGAGUUCAUGAACUUCAGGCUGAAGAUGGACAAUCUCAAAGUUUCUGCCAUGACUGCAGGCAAAUGCUUCCUAAUACAGUGCAUGGAGUGCUGUGUACAUAGCCCACGUGAACAGUGCUGGAGUGGUAUCACUGAAGAAGUUGCUGUUCUAAGUGAUGGAGGAUGUGGAACCCAGCUUACUCAAUCCAUAAAGGUCCUACCUCACGCCCCCCUUGUGGACAUGCUUGACUUUGCAUCAGGGAAGGAUUUCCCAGGGAGAUCCCCAGUUGCCUCCGCUAGACGUGCACANCGGGAGCUCAUCAGCCUUCAGCUGAGAGUGGGGCAUCCAGGAGUUCUUCCCUUCGAGUCCUGUCGCACCGCAGCUGUGAAGAGUUCCUACAGGGAAGGUGACUGUGGUGUUGGUUCUGAUUGUGACUGUGUUGAGAAACGCAAAAUUGAAAACGCCGAGUUUAGUGUUGAGAUUCAGUGGCCAUGCAAGGGACUUAAAAAAAGUUUGCAGCUCACCGGUGCUGUCCAGCUUGCCAUUAGUCUUUUGAUUGUUGCCAAGAUUUUGGAGGAACGUACUGCACCCAUCUUCAAGGAAGAGUAA